CUUUGUCAUGGAUAUGCAUUGGUGAAUGCACUGUUUGCUGCUUGCAAUUUGGAUACAUGAAUUUAUGUUUGAGUUUUGGCAUUGCUUGUUGUUGCAGGACACUCACGAUUCUGAAUUUUGCAAGGCAUAGUCUUUUGCUUCUUACAAUGCAAUACUUUUGCUUUUUAGUUAUGGGUUUAUAGAUAUUAUUGUUGAAUAUUAGUUUAAUUAAGUUUGAAGUAAUAAAUCUCACAUUUGAUAGGUUUAAAAUGUUCUGGUGUGAGUUAUAAAUGUUAAGUUGGUGAGAUUAGUGUGUUUCCUGAUGCCCGAUUCUACUUUUAGUCAAUACACUGUUGUUCAUGAUGUUAGUGUAGCUAAGAUUCAUCCUGAUGCUCCUUUGGACAAAGUUUGUCUUCUUGGAUGUGGUGUUCCAACUGGUAACUCUUAACUAUUGUCCAUUUUCUGUUAUUUUAUGAAAGAGUUAUAGGAUUUAGUAUUGUACCUUAACCUCUCUGUGCAUACCUAAUGAGUUCAUGAUGUGUGUUUAGAAAAUCAUCUUAUAUUUAUCCGUGGAGAUGUAUAUUAUCGCGGUUGCCAUGUCAUACACUUAUCUGAUUGGGAUUGUGAAUUUUCUUCUCAUUGCUUAACCCUGAUCAUGCACUUCGUAAUUUAAUUAUAAUUUGUACUUGACAGGUUGCAGAGGGUGCAAAAAGUGCUGGUGCAUCACGGGUUAUUGGCAUAGAUAUUGAUAGCAACAAGUAUGAUACAGAUACAACCCUAUUGCUGGCAUUGGCUGGAAAAUUGGAUGCUGAAUUGAGGGUAAAAGGAGAAAUUACUUACAAUGGACACAAACUUAAUGAAUUUGUGCCAAGAAAAACUUCAGCAUAUAUUAGUCAAAAUGAUGUUCAUGUUGGAGAAAUGACUGUUAAAGAAACAUUGGAUUUCUCAGCUAGAUGUCAAGGAGUUGGAACUAGAUAUGAUCUAUUAAGUGAGCUUGCCAGAAGGGAAAAGGAAGCUGGUAUAUUUCCUGAAGCAGAACUUGACCUUUUCAUGAAGGCUACUGCAGUGAAAGGAACAGAAAGUAGUCUCAUUACUGAUUAUACUUUAAAAAUUUUAGGGCUUGAUAUUUGUAAGGACACCAUAGUGGGAGAUGAGAUGCAUAGAGGUGUAUCUGGUGGCCAAAAGAAACGUGUCACACAGGUUAUCUCCUAUUUUUGCAGCCUCUUCAUCAUGCUGCAAGAGGUGAGCAUGCUGAUGUAAUUAGGUUGUUGCUUUCUAAUGGUGCAUCAGCCACAAAGGAAAACUUAUAUGGAAAGACCCCUGCAGAGUUACCUGAACACGACACAGAU